AUGUCAGGACACAAGUUCCAUUUCGAGGUCGCCAUGUCUUGCUCCGGAUGCUCAGGGGCCGUCGAAAGAGUUUUGAAACGGUUAGACGGCGUGGAUAAAUUUGAUGUGUCUUUGGAAGCCCAAACGGUAGAUGUGGAAACUAAAGAUUCGGUUGACUUUGAUACCGUUUACCAGACCAUUGCGAAGACCGGUAAAUCGAUAAAGAAAGGCUCGAUUGUAUAUUAA